AUAACUACUAAUAAAUAUUUUAAAAUCGACACACAUGCACAUGCUAGCACUGGAUAUUGAGUAGAGCACUAGCAGAGUGUGAUACUGAAUUUCUACAAAUGUUUAUAUGUUAAUAAGAGUAUUUUGGAGAAUAUCGUGAACGUAUUAAAGACCUCCGCCUCAAAGAGUUAUCUUUCCCUUCAUGACUUUGCCGCUUAAAGAUAAAGACCGCCCGGUCAUCAGGAAGCUGUUGGCUGCCGGCUGCUGUGGAAGAUGCGUCCUCAGAUUUUGUUGUGUAGGAAAGUAUUCUUCGUAUCAGCAGUCCCCUGAGGACAUACAUAAAGCGUUUUUAGCGUUCCUCAGUGAAGAUGAUGCCGAGAAAUCCCAUGGUGCCUCAGGAGAGGCGGGAGAGACAGGGGGCCCGCCGUGUAAGAAAAUGAAGACGGAAUCACCCGAGGAAUCGUCAGGGGAGAAAGCAUGUGCAGAGGAUGUGUCAGAGCCGAAGGCGUGUUCAGGGGUGUGUGUGGCGUGUGUUGGCGUGCUGCAGCACUUCUGCGACCAGAGUUAUGCCAAACAGGUGUCUGAGGUUGUGAAAAAAGGCGGCUACCAGUUUGACAAUCUGAUGCUGGCCGUCUCUCUUCCUGCUCAGCUGUCCGUCAGAGAGCAUUCCUGUUGGUUGCACGUCAAGAAGGAACUCAGAGAGAAGAACAUGUGUGCGGAUAAGGAGGACGUGGUCCAGGUGAAGGACGCUUUUAAAUGGGCCGUCCAGGGGCUGGUGGGUAAAGAGCUGGGAGCGUCGGUACUCACUAACAGCGCAUUCGAGGUCAGCGUCGGUUUCGCGCAUCCAGAAACAGACGGAGAUUGCCACUUCCUAGCAACGGAAUGUCCAGAUUGCUUCAAGCCGACGAAGAACAAAGCUUCCGUGUUCACUAGGAUGGCGGUGGUGAAAGCGCUGGAGAAGAUCUCAGAUACAAAGUUCCUCAGACAUUACCCAUGUCCACCUGUCUCACCCUCCAGCCAGUGCACGCCACUUGAGACCACAUGUCUGCAUACAUCUGUCUUCAUAGCAGGGAGGUAUAAUAAGUUCUCCCGGGAGCUUCCUCAGACCCCCUGGGUGAUAGAUGGAGAGAGACGCAUGGAGGGAUCAGUGGAGGAGUUGAUCGCCAAUCCUCUGCUGUCUGCCUUUAAAGCAGACGGUUUUAACUUCUGCUCAUCCGGGAGAGAAGACGUGGACGUACGGACGUUAGGAAAUGGACGCCCGUUUGCCAUCGAGCUUCUGAAUCCACACAGAGCAAGGUUUAACAAAGCCGAAAUCAGACAACUCCAGGAGACGAUCAACACGUCAUCUGACAAAAUCCGAGUCCGAGACCUGCAGAUCGUAACCCGAGAAGCUACAAGUCGUAUGAAAGAAGGAGAAGAGGAAAAGACCAAGUCCUACAGCGCCCUUAUCUGGACCCAAAAGCCGAUAACUCCAGGCGAUCUGGACUUCUUUACAAACAUCAAGGAGCUGAAGAUCGAUCAGAAGACCCCCCUCCGCGUCCUCCAUCGCAGACCACUUGCCAUCAGACAGAGAGUCAUCCACUCCAUGAGCGCGACCUACUUGGACACACAACACUUCACACUGCAGCUGCGCACGCAGGCCGGGACCUACAUUAAAGAGUUUGUGCAUGGAGACUUCGGCCGGACGAAGCCCAACCUCGGUGCCCUCAUGGAGACAGAGGUGGACAUUCUAGAAUUGGACGUGGAGUCGGUGGACGUGGACUGGCCUCCUGCUGUACCCGAGUGAGCGACGGGGAAAACCCAUCCUGAGGAAAUCUUUGGGGAAUUCUCAUCUCCAUAUGUUCACAUGCCUUAUUUCCGUUUUGUAGCUGACAAGGUCUUGAAAAGGCUCACCACUCAUAGGUCAUUUAAAAACAGUUUUUUGUUUGUUUUUUUUAAACACAAGAGAUGGGGAAAAUAUUAUGGCUGUAAUUUAAUUUGUUGCUUCUGAUGUUUCAUCAUCUUGUUUGUUUUCUGUUAAUAAACCACCAAAUGUUCCCAUCAUAUCUAUAGUGUGGAUUGCUCCCAAAGCAUACUAUGUUCUCCAUCAUAUUUGUGUAUUGAUCAACUAAAUAUACAAUUGCACGCAAAAGUUUGCAUCCUACCAGGGGUUUUAAAAAGAAAAAGGGAACACAUCUGUCUCUUUUGCAUUAUAAAUUAUUUACAAAAAUAGAAGACAUUAAACCUGAUGUUAUAUACAAUAAAAAAUAGUAA